UUGUUUAAAAAAAAAUGUCAUGUCUGUGUAUGAGUGCGCCUGCGGGCAUCGAUAGAUUCCUAGUUAGGAAUGUUUCUAGGGUUCUACCCUUUGACUCAAGCGUGAUUGGGAGGUGGGUUUUUUAAAUUGAAACUCCUUGUUAAUGAAAUUGAUUCACAUCAGAUGGGCCAUUCUAUUCCAAGAGAGAAAGACGUUGAAUUUGACCUUGAAAGUGGUGGGAACUCUAGCGAAGACGAUGUAGGGAACGAUCUUUAUGUUAGUGAUAGAGAAUCAAAGGGUGCUUUUGGUUUGGCGUGGAAUGGGAUUCUGAAUGUUGAUGGAUCAGAUAAGGGUAAAAGUGGGAUUGAGUCAUGUAGCAAUUCAGCAAAAUCUGGUGAUUUUGGGGUUAUGGAUGAAAAUAAUUUAGAAUUGUUUGUGGACAAGGGUUUUGUCCAACAUCAAUUGUCCCAUGUAAAUGUUAAUCAUGCAAAACAGAAGACUAAGCCCUUUAUCCCCAAAAAGCCCCCAAAGCCACCCCUUCCUCCCAGAGGCCCAUCACUGGAUGCUGUUGAUCAGAAGUUUGUGAAGGAACUUGAGGAGCUUGCCUUGCGGAAGCGUGCGAGGGUUAAGAAAAUGAAAGCGGUGAGAAAGAUGAAAGCUAGCAAGUCAUCGUCAUCAUCAACAUAUACAAGUCUUUCUGCCAUGGUCAUCACUGUUUUCUUCUUCCUUGUCAUAAUACUUCACGGAAUCAAAUCUGCAAAUAGUGCCGCUGUUGGGUUAAUGGCUUCCCCUGAGGCAGCAAUUGCAGGAGAUGAGGGUCUGAUUUCGAUUCAGUAUCCCAUGAACUUCAACAGAAAUGAAGGAGAUGCACCUGGCUCUCACUAUCCAUUUCGGCAGGAAAGAUGAUAUGGAAAUUUUGAAGGUUCUUUCCCUUUCAAUGUGAGAUUAGGCUAUUCUUUUAAUUGUUUGGAUUAUGUAUGUUUUUUUGUACAGUCAUUAGGAAUCUUAGCCAUUUGUCAAGUUUGCUUGUACAGUGACUUGAUUGGUAAUGUUAAUAAAAAAAGAGUUUUGCUUAUAAAUUACUCUGCUGGCUUAGCUUGUCGUAUGUCCAGGUGAGUUUUUUUGUCCA